UCUUGACGCGGUCCGUGGUUCUGUCGGUUCCGUCCGUCUGUCACGUGUUUUCAAAGAUAAAGUUAAUACAAUUUUACACCGACGAUUAACUUUUCACCCGCAAUAGAAAUGUCAAGGGCACAUUUGUGACAUGAGGCUACGACUUUGUUCCGAUUCGGAGCAGAGCAAAGCUGCAGAGGACUGUGGAUGGAGUCAGCACACGGACCUUCUUCUGUAGUUCCUCCAGAAGCAGGAGGUGUUCAGAUUCAUCUGGUUCAUCAGCAUCAGAAAGAUGGUCAAAUAUUUCUGUAGCUACACAGACAUCCGCAGUACAUGGGAUCAAGUGGUCUCUGCUUUCUGGCAGAGGUACCCCAACCCUUUCAGCACCCAUGUCCUGACAGAGGACGUCGUGUAUCGGGAGGUGACGUCAGACCACCGUCUUCUCUCCAGGCGUCUCCUGAUGAAGACCAAUCGUCUUCCUCGCUGGGCAGAGCGCUUCUUCCCCUCGGGCAUGUCUCGCUCCGUCUACAUCGUGGAGGACUCCAUUGUGGACCCUGUGAACAGGAGCCUGACCACAUACACGUGGAACCUGAACCACACCACUCUCAUGUCAGUGGAAGAACGAUGCGUCUUCGUGGACUCGGAGGAGCAGCCAGCCGCCACUCAGCUCAAACGGGAAGCCUGGAUUUCUUCAAGCAUUUACGGCUUCUCCAGACCCAUCCAAGAAUUUGGAUUGGCUCGCUUUAAGAGUAACCAGGCAAAGGCCAUGAAAGGACUGGAAUAUGCACUGUCUAAUUUACAAGGAGAGACGCCCCAGCGGCUGCUCCGGGGCUCCGUGAAGGACGUUUCGGGGAAGGCUAAAGAGGCAGCGAAGACCAUCGCUACAGCAGCAAGCCCCCAACAGAAGCCUCAGCAGUAUGUCUGAACUCACGCUCCCAGAGUCAAACCAGGAGUCAAAUACGCCGUAUCUGCUGGACUGGGUUGGGUGAGAGCUCAAUGAAAGCUGCUGUGUUUUCUCAUCUUUGUUCUUGAAUCUCAGGGCUGGAGAUUUUGUAUGAAAUGAUCUGCCUUUAACGGACUUUGAUAAGCAUAAAUGAGCUGGAAAACGCACACUGCAACUCAAAGGAAGUAUGUUCUCCCAUAUCGUUUAUAGAAGGUUUUUUUUUCAGUUCAUUUUAGUGAUUUGAUAGAGGGCGUACUAGUGAUGGUUUGAAACUGGUAUUGAGUUUAAUUGUUAUAAUAGUCAUAAUUAAAAGACCCACCGUGUAAAUUUUCAUGGAGAUGUUAUUGCUUUGCCUGGAAAUUUCAAAAUUAAGCAUGAUUUUUUUUUUAAUGCAGGUUUUUAUGGCUCAAAAAUCAUACAUUCUUCUGUGAGUAGUGUUGCGUAGAUCUGAGCUGUAACUUGGUCUUAUGGCGUCACCUGCUUCUCUCCAAGCAGAUUGAUUAGUUUAAUGCCAUACUGUGGAAUAUUCCAGACAAAGCAAUAACAUCUAGUAAGAGGCAAAAGGAGAAAUUCAAUGUGUCAACUGGACAAAAGUUUAUUUGGUCGAAUACGUUUCUGCUUCUUCAGUUCUGGUCAAAAUGCUGGUGGAUACUUCCUUAUAUCUGCCUGCAUCUAGUACUAGAAAGUGACGGAUCCUCCUCCUGAAAAGUUACACAGUGCACCUUUUAAUAUAAACAGGUGAAAAACAGCAAGUGACUUUUCAAGACAUUUUGUAUGAAAGACUCUUAAUGGGGGUGAAUAUAUAGCAUUUUCUUCUAUAUUAUUUAUUAUUCUUUGAUGCAUUCCCAUGUUAGAGGAAUAGACUUUUGUCAUGAAGGUUAUACACUUGAUUUGCUUUGAGAUCCAGAAUACAACUUGGUCAGUACUUUAGGACGAUAUGAGUCUGAUCACUGGUCAAUCUCCCAGUUUUCAAACAGAGGACGUGACGGAGACGUGGUUUAGUUUGUCUGUAUCGAAAAAAAAAUAAAUGGGAAAAGAAAGAAAACAUCACAUGGAACUGAAAAAACAUAGGGGAUUUCCACAUAAUCACUGAGCGAAGCAUUAAAGAGAGAGAUAAAUUUGUUUUUAUUUGUAAAUGAUAGGUGACCAGUGAGCUCUUUUAUUUUCACAUGCGCCACUGAAAUAAACAAAUCUGAAAGGGUGAUCGCGUUUGGCCGGGGACUGAGAAGCGUAAAGGGUGACCAGACUGAUAUAAAUCUGUAUAAAAAAUAAAAACACAGAGGGAAAUCAUUCUGGAUUUGCUCGUUAGUUACCAUUUAAGAGACUCACAUAUCCACUCAUUUUAUUAUUACGGUUUUUCGGGGGUGGGAUGGAAAAGGGGGAGACAGUCAGUCAGGACUCACGAACACAAACUGACUGCCAGAAAUUAAAACCACAAUAAAUGAACCACACUAUAGGAAAGCUAACCAGCCACAGCAGGUUAUAAAACUGUAAGACUGUCUUAAAACAAUGUGAAAAAAUGUAUUUAUGUUAUAAGUUACACAUUUGCAUUAUCAGAAUCUUGUUUUAUUUAUGCAGGGUUUCAAAACAGUUAAGCUCUUGUCAUGCUUCACUGCCGCCUACUACUUAUUUGUGUAAAAAUUGCUUAUUUAUGUGAUGACUGUUCAGUUUUAAGUUGUGAUAGGAAAGACUUGUGUUCGCUUUGAUUUGGUUGGUGGAUACAUGUUUUCCACGGCACAUUUAAACAGAGCAGAACUUGUUUUGUUAACUGUACCAAAGUGACUUAAACUGAAGAUUUCAUGCUUGCUAUGAGCCGCUGACUGUUAUACUAUACUUUUAUUGUCAUGUAAAUUCAGCCAAUGACAUUCCGUUAUGAAGAUAUAAAUAGGAGUUAUUUUCUGUAAGACUUGAAUACUAUAUUUAAUAAUGUUAUUUUGAUGAUUCUGUUUCUGUUUUGAAGUAAAACUGUUCAUUGGUUCAGAAAGUGGACAAGAGAGAAGUGACUUAUAUUGUCUUUCAAAGCUGUUUGUUUUAUCUUUUCUUGUUCAAAUAAAAUUGAUUAGAGAAUUGUA